UCAAUAUCCUGGCAGAGUAGAGGGGCUGGACUCUUUGGCAGGUAUGGACCUGUCGGCCAAUCAGGACGAGGAGACCGACCAGGAGACCUUCCAGCUGGAGAUCGACCGCGACACCAAAAAGUGUGCCUUCCGCACCCACACGGGCAAGUACUGGACGCUGACGGCCACCGGGGGCGUGCAGUCCACCGCGUCCACCAAGAAUGCCAGCUGCUACUUUGACAUUGAGUGGCGUGAUCGGCGCAUCACACUGCGGGCGUCCAAUGGCAAGUUCGUGACCGCCAAGAAGAACGGGCAGUUGGCGGCCUCGGUGGAGACAGCAGGAGACUCGGAGCUCUUCCUCAUGAAGCUGAUCAACCGCCCGAUCAUCGUGUUCCGCGGGGAGCACGGCUUCAUCGGCUGCCGCAAGGUCACGGGCACCCUGGAUGCCAACCGCUCCAGCUACGACGUCUUCCAGCUGGAGUUCAACGACGGCGCCUACAACAUCAAAGACUCCACAGGCAAGUACUGGACGGUGGGCAGUGACUCCGCAGUCACCAGCAGCAGCGACACGCCCGUGGACUUCUUCUUCGAGUUCUGCGACUACAACAAGGUGGCCAUCAAGGUGGGCGGGCACUAUCUGAAGGGUGACCACGCAGGCGUCCUGAAGGCCUCGGCCGAGGCCAUCGACCCUGCCUCGCUCUGGGAGUACUAAGCCCCUCCCCGCCUGCCCGGGCUCUCCAGACCCUCCGCUCACUCCCUCCCUGGGGGCUCCGGCGGGAGGCGGGCCCCUUGCCUUUCAAACUGGAAACCCCAGAGAAAACAGCGCCCCACCUGUUGCCCCUGCGGACGCCCUCCCCCGCCCAGGACCCAUUGCCCCAGGCCCGCAGGGGACCUGCUCCCCGGGGGGGUCUCCCACCCCGCUGCCCUCUUCUCUGCCAGGGGGCGAGGCUGGCAC